AUGGAAAGCUUACAAAAGAUUUUGGAUGGUGUUCUUGUAGCCAAUGAGGUGAUUCACAGUUGGAAGAACAGUCGUUAUGGGGGUCUCAUUCUCAAAAUAAACUUUGAGAGAGCUUAUGAUUGUGUUCACUGUGGUUUCUUGUUGGACUUGCUUUCAAAAAUGGGUUUCGGGGGAAAAUGGUGUGGGUGGAUUAAAGAAUGUAUCUCAUUUGUAACAAUGUCUACCCUUAUUAACGGUUCUGCUACUCAGGAAUUUCACACUCUAAAAGGCCUAAGGCAAAGAGAUCCCUAUGAUACGAUACUAUUUUGCAAUAAUGAUAGAGUGGAGAUGGCUAUUAUAAAAAGGAUUCUAUGGUGUUUUCAACUUAUGUCUGGCCUAAAAAUAAAUUUCUCCAAGAGCUCUUUGUGCGGAGUUAAGGUCGGCCAACAAGAUAUUACUGCUCUUGCUCAGGUGAUGGGGUGCAAAGUAGAGAUCUUGCUAAUCAAAUACCUGGGGUUGCCUUUGGGUGUAAAUCCAAAAAGAAUUAAAACAUGGGAACCAGUUUUGGACAGAAUGGGUAAAAAGCUGAGCAUUUGGAGAAGUAGAUUCAACUCAAUGGGAGGUAGACUUACUCUUCUGAAUUCUAACUUCGGACAUCUGCCCGUUUAUUUUAUGUCCCUUUUUAAACUACCAAUAGCUAUUGCCAAGGCCAUAAAAAAGAUGCAGAAACAAUUUUUCUGGGGUGACUCUGUUGAUAAGAAUAUGGAGAGAUAUUUGUUCCAUUGGGAAUGCAGCUUCAUGUAUCGGAACUAUAAUUCAAGAGGGCUUCAAAGUUCUUGUGGGGUCGGGCUGAGAUACAUUAUUCUGGAACCAUAUUUGGCUGGGGGAUAA